AUGGAGAUCAGCUUAGGAGACACGUUGAUCAAGGUUGCUGUGUUCAUACUGGUUCAAGCUUUGGUGUACCUUAUCCUUUCCAAUUCAUCAAACAUCUUCUCCAAGAACAUCAAGAGAGCCAACAGCUUCAGGCCUGCACGCUCGCUGAGCAUUCGUCGGAUGAUGGCUUUGAUCUCUGACUUUCCACCUGAAGGGGAACCCUCUCCUUCUCCAAAGGGUCCUAAAUCACCAUCACUUCAAAGUUAA